CAAACUUACACAUAACAAAAUGGAGUCAGAAGUAUAUUCACAAACAUUCCCAGAUGAACAUCUUGGAAGAGAUACCAGAAGUCUGCUAUUUAAUUUUAGCCAUUCUAUCAACAUUUUAAAGUAUUAUGGAAGUCUCAGCCAAUGCCAUUGCCUACUGCUUGGUUUAUGAACACAGACAAGAGAGCUAUGGGAGAGAUACAGCCAGGCUUAUGCUUACGGAUUAGUUGCAGAUGGAACUAGAAGAACUUUAAUUUGAAAUAAAUCAUUCAAUAGCACAGUUACUGACUAUUUUGAAAACAUGCCUGAUUCUUUAGAGUUUCACCUCUACGAUUAUGUGCUGGUACUCAAAACAGAAGAAUGUAUCAAUGAAUUCUGAGAGUUCAUCAGACGCUUCAAGCACAGAAGCCUCUUAAAUUUCUACAAAAUCUAUGUGCAUUACGAAAAAGGGAUGACAUGAGACCUUUUGAAUUCUCCUUAUGAUAUUUUGAGCGAGCUCUCAUUGGACACUUCUUGAAUCCAGAUCAACAAACUGCAAGAUUUUGUCCCUGAAGAUGCCGAAGAUGUGUUGAGGUACACUCACAAGUUCUCUCUUUCAACAAUAACUCUAGCAGAAGAAACUGAUCGAGAUAAGUUCGCUACUCAUGACUGUGUCAAGAGGGUCAGCCAAUUUAGCUUCGAUGACUCAAAGAUAGAGUCUCUACUAGAUUCAGAUCAGUAUAAAGAUAUCAUCCCUGUAUCGAUAAGACAAUCUUGAGGACAGAUAUGCAUAGAGCGCUACCCAGGACGUGAACUAGAAGAUGAGAAUGCAAUCAGAAAUGCUUCUGAAGAGAUAGCUAAAAUAUUCCCAAAAUUCAAGGAAACAGGCUCUGGACUCAAAAUUCAUUGCAAAUAUUUAUUGUUUAGGAACCAUUUUAAUUCUCUGCUUCGUGAAAGAGUCACAUUAGUCUCUGGAUUGCUUGUAAGAGUGCCAUGAUUGGUCUUGAAAGACUGUAAUAUCUUUUAUUAUGAUGCUACAGUCAAAUAAAUUUCAAUCAUUUCAUGUCUCAAAAAUACUUUGCAAAGAUUUUAUAGAUCUUUACCCUGCUUUAAAGCAAAUAAAAGGUCUUACCAUAGUGACGGAUGAAUCCGUUUUGGAGAUUCAAAACAUUCAAUCUAUUAACAGUCACAAUCCAUUAAAGUUAGAAGCUUUAAGAAAAAACAGGAAAUAAAUUCAAAAGUACAUUUGGGAGCCUAUAUUCUCAUAUAAACCUCAUUUACAUAGAGAGCAAAGAGUUUGAAUUUAUUUAUGGAUUGGAGACUCUGAUACAUUGUAAGCCUACUAGAUGUGAAAACUUGCAUAUCAGAUUGUCAAUCGGGUUUGAUGAAAUAAAGAAAGCUAUUAUUGCUCUCAAAAGAGUCAAGACUAAGUACUUUAGUCUCUCGGUCUCUGAUCUUGAAUCGACCCAUAUGAUUUUGCCGAAGCUACUUGUUUUUAAAGUUACUGAUUUAUUAUUUGAUGUGAGAAAUUGGGAACUCCCAAAAAUGUCACAUAAAGCAAAAAAAACACUGAAGUCUGCGAUUUUAGCUGCAAAUACUCUCAGAAAUUUUACAAUCUAUAUGGAAGGUAAUAAACAAUUGCUCAGAAGAACUGAUGAAAACUUCAAGGAGGAACUUGACCGUAUUUUCGAAAUCAACUCAUCAGUUGAACUUAUCAACAACAUGCCUUUCCACGAAACUUUUGAGUAUAACUAACAUCAAAUUCCUAAAAAU